UAUUUUUCGUCCCGUUCAACUCAUAGACAGUAUGGUUCAACUUCAAAAAAAGGGUAACAUCAUAGACGGGUAACAUCACUUGGCGUCGCCGGAUGAUGACGUACUUGUAGGCCUUUGAACGCCAUGGCCGCUCAUGCUAGCGAGCUUGAGAUUGCGAAGAAGAAUUUAACUGAUGCAAUUGGCGAUAAUGUCAAGCAUUACUGGGCAAACCUGAAGCUAUGGUUCAAACAAAAGAUCAGCAAGGAGGAGUUUGACAUUGAGGCACGUCGUCUGUUGGCACAGGAGAAUGUCCAUGUUCACAAUGAUUUUCUCCUGGCCAUUCUCACACGCUGCCAGAUCAUUGUCUCCACACCAGAUGGCGCAGGGCCAUUACAGUGGCAAAGUGGCUCUGCUUCAAAGCCUGGCAAACCAAAAGGGAAGAAGAAAUGUUCCUCUAGACAGAAAUUUGAUCAUCGUUUCCAGCCACAGAACCCUCUGAGUGCCGCCCAGCCUUUCAGCCCUCGGGAGGUGGGAGGUGAGGAGGAGGAGCUGCGUCUCAGUGCCCACACUCUGUUGUUGCCCACGCGGGGCCAGCUGGAGGCCCGCAUGAUGGUGACGGCAUUUGAGCUGGGACUGGAUAACAUCACAGAAGAUGCCGUCGGCAGCAUGAUUUAUGCUGUUGAGCACCACUUGAAAGAUGUCCUGACUGCUGUCAUCACCCGGAGGAAGGCGUAUAGGUUACGAGAUGGUCGCUUCCUCUAUGCCUUUGGCAGUGAUGUCACACUGCAGCCAUAUCUGAAAAACAGCCUGGCUGCUUACCACAGUGUUACUGAAUGUCCCCCUCCAAGUGCUUCUCUCCCUACAGGCCCACCACCUCAGGUGUCACCUGAUGAGGCCGAGCAACGAGCUGUUCACCUAUUGGCUUGUUCUGCCGACAGUCUCCCCGCACCCCUCCCUCCAAUCAGCAUGUUUGAUCUCCUGGAGGCUUUACAGGUUCACCACGGUGUGAUGCCCUCCCACACUAUGUAUGCCCUGAACAUGGAGCGCAUCCUGUCACGGCUCUGGCACCCCAGCCACGAAGAACUAGAGCAGGACCACGUACACCGGCAGCGCCUCGCUGCGAAAGAGCGCAUGCUCGUCAGCUGAGAACCACUGAUGCAGGACUGUACGUGAACCGCGGCUAUCAUCAGGAACCAAACAAAUGAUUUCCCCACGGGGAAAUGGAUGGGGGAACAGUGUGUCUGAAGACCUAUUUUUCUUUUUUUUUAUUUAUUUUUUUAUAAUACCUGUAAAAUCCCAUCCCCCGUUGCACAAAGAGAUAAUGCAUAAGUGGAGUGAGAUGAAACAAAACCGUUGGACAGUGGACACAGAGUGGGUAGUCAACUCCAGCCAAUAGCUGGCAAAUUAUUUUUGUCUGUUCCACAGGCCAUUGUGGCAAUCGACCAACCAUCAUUUGGAACUUCUGUUAUAUAGUGGGUGAUACUUUAAUUUUGGAAUAUACCAGCAGCUAUGAGCACUGGACAGGAAAAUAAGGUUAUUAUGCAGCAUUGUGAACAUGACCAGCUAGCAAAGAUUAAAAAAAAUAAAAUCUAUGAAACAGCCCUGUACAUUACACACAGGUGUUUUUACUUAGUCUGGCUGAUUAUACCUCAUCUCAGGUUGAAGUUGAAGGCAUCGCUGUGAUAAGAAUUACGUGAGGUGAGGUCAUCUAACUCGCGCACAACUAAAAAUGAGGAAGAUGGAAAUUGUCCCGCCUUAGCAGGUGCAACACACCUGUGUGGGUUUACUGUGGCUGUGUAGGGUCCUUAACAAUGUGUCUGGCAGCUGCCACCUAUGUAUGUCAUCACGCCCCUCAUGAACAUACCUUGACAUUGUCUCCAAAGUUUUCCUAAAACAUUUACUGGUGUCUGGUUUAAAGGCCGACGAGCAUCCAUCAGUGUUGGUGGUCCACAAUGUGUGUACAGAUUUAGCUAAUAUUUUUAUUUUUUUUUUAUGUCUCAGUGCACUUGAAUAUGCGUUGUUCAUGUUUGUGUGCAGCAUCUAGUUCAGGUUGAAAAGUGUGUACAUUUGGACCUUUUUUUUUUUAUUUUAUUUUUUUUCUACACAAAUUUUGUUUUGUAAUUUCUAUUACAGAAAGUAGUUCAGAAAAUAAAUAAAAAUGCAUUUUUCUGUA